AUGGGUUCUAAGAUGAGUGGGCAAAGCAUUUUGGUGGGAAUACUGUGCAUUGCUUUGGUGUUGGUUUCAGGAGAAGCAUCGAUAAGAAGGGAUGAAAUUAAUUUGGUUUACUGCGCACAGCCAGGUGAAGGGCAGUGUAAAGAUAUCACUCUCUGCACCCAAUUUUGCCUCAGUCGCAACCUACACGGCGGUGGGAUCUGUAGAUUUGACCAAUGUUGUUGCAAAGGAUAG